AUGUUGGUUCUCCUCAUCGGAGACAUCCAUGUUCCCCAUCGGACUUUUGCUCUUCCAGCCAAAUUUCGCAAACUGUUAGUGCCGAAUAAGAUGCAACAUGUAUUAUGUACCGGAAAUUUAUGUACACGCGAAACUUAUGAUUAUCUUAGAUCUCUUGCUUCUGAUGUACAUAUUGUGCGUGGCGAUUUUGACGAAGACCCAAAACUUCCUGACACAAAGGUUGUAACAGUUGGCCAAUUUCGAAUAGGCAUUUGCCAUGGUCACCAAAUUGUUCCAUGGAAUGAUGAAAAGAUUUUGGAAGUACUUGCUCGGCAACUCGAUGUUGAUGUCCUCGUCACUGGUCAUACACAUGUUUGUUCGAUACGCGAACGCGAGCAGAGACUUUACAUUGAUCCUGGAAGUGCGACCGGUGCUUUUUCUGUUAUCCAAGACGGCCCUGUUACUCCAUCUUUCGUUCUUCUUGAUGUGCAACCAGAACAAGUUGUUACGUACAUGUAUCGAUUGAUUGAUAAUCAAGUAAAAGUCGAUCGAGUGGUCUUCAAGAAAAAUAAAGAAGUGCAG